AUGCAGUGUGUCGCUGAAGCUGAAAAACUCCGUCUACAAAGAGUCUCCUUUUCUCAGUUUCUUCGCCGGCGCUCCGUUCCCUUUCCCCUUUAAAAUCUCCAUUCCCUCUCUUUUUCUUCGCUCCCAUUUUCUCUCCCUCAUUCUCAAUCCUUCGCACUCCGUUUCCUUCCUCCGGGAAUCAAAUGGCCGCAAUCUUCCACGGAGUGGGAGCCGCGACUGCUCUAUCUCCUUCUCCUUCCCAUUCCGUUGAUUCCAAGAAAUUCCAGCUCGCUCCGAGCAGAUCUCUCUCAGCAAGGAAAGGAAGGAUUGCUGUGGUUAGAUCUGAUAGUAGUGUGAACCUGAGCUUGAAUUCGAGAGGUCGCAAGGAUCAUCUAUGGAUUCCAAAUGCAGUUGCAACCAAGACUGAUGACUCUGCGGCUUCUACUGCGUCUAAAUCCGGUCAUGAGAUUUUACUUUUUGAGGCUUUACGAGAGGGAUUGGAGGAAGAAAUGGACAGGGAUCCCCAUGUAUGUGUAAUGGGUGAAGAUGUGGGUCACUAUGGAGGCUCGUAUAAAGUGACCAAAGGGCUGGCUGAAAAGUUUGGGGACCUCAGGGUUCUUGACACUCCUAUUGCUGAGAACUCUUUCACUGGCAUGGGCAUUGGAGCUGCCAUGACUGGUCUGAGGCCAGUUGUUGAGGGUAUGAACAUGGGAUUUCUCCUCCUUGCUUUCAAUCAGAUCUCCAACAACUGUGGAAUGCUCCACUAUACUUCUGGUGGUCAGUUUACCAUACCAGUAGUCAUUCGUGGACCUGGUGGAGUUGGCCGGCAACUUGGGGCUGAGCACUCGCAACGUCUUGAAUCAUAUUUUCAAUCAAUUCCUGGAAUUCAAAUGGUUGCCUGCUCAACGCCUUAUAAUGCUAAGGGCUUAAUGAAGGCAGCAAUCAGAAGUGAGAACCCUGUGAUACUUUUUGAGCAUGUUUUGCUUUACAACCUCAAGGAGAGAAUUCCUGAUGAAGAUUACAUAUGUAACCUUGAGGAAGCUGAGAUGGUGAGGCCUGGGGAGCAUGUGACUAUCUUGACCUAUUCUAGGAUGAGGUAUCAUGUGAUGCAAGCUGCCAAAACUUUGGUGAACAAGGGAUAUGAUCCUGAAGUGAUUGAUAUCAGGUCUUUGAAACCGUUUGAUCUCUACACCAUUGGCAACUCUGUUAAGAAGACGCACCGUGUUCUGAUCGUGGAGGAAUGCAUGCGAACUGGUGGCAUUGGUGCUAGCUUGACUGCUGCUAUCAAUGAGAAUUUCCAUGACUACUUGGAUGCUCCAAUUGUGUGCUUAUCUUCACAGGAUGUACCUACUCCUUAUGCUGGCACAUUGGAGGAGUGGACCGUUGUUCAGCCUGCCCAGAUCGUGACAGCAGUUGAACAGCUCUGCCAGUAGUAGCAAUCACAAAUCACAGAAGUAGUCGUGGUACAAUUGCAGUUCCAUUAGUCUCGUCAUACUUUACAUUUUACUGCAGCUACGUUUCUUAAAUCUAAUUUUAUCUUAGCAAUUUUGUGUUGUUAGAACUCAAUAAUGUCUGAAGCUUUUGGUUCUUUCUUUAUUAAAAUGGCAAGUAUCAU